AUGGGGGUGAAAAGAAGCCUGCAGAGUGCCGGCCUGUCGCUGGGUGUCUUGGCCAACAUCCUCGUAGUGCUGGCUACCGCCACUGACUUUUGGAGCCGCUUCUCUGAUGGCCACAACGGACUGUGGCGGAUGUGUCGAAAGAACAACUGCACCUACUCCUCCUGUGAGACCAUGCUGGCGGUGACAGCGGCCUGUGUGGUGUUGGCUACUGGCUCGGGACUUGUGGCCUCAGUGCUGGGCGUCCGUGUCCUGCACGCAUCCCGGGACGGGAACCUUAUCCCACCCCGGGGCCGGAACGCCUGUCUAGUCUUCUUCCUGAGCGCGCUGCUGCUGCUGGCAGGCAUGGUGGGCUACACUGCGAGGGACGCGUGGAAGGUAGACAGCUUCUUCUCCUGGUCCUACUUCACCGCCUGGCUAGCCCUGCCCUUCUCCAUCCUCGCAGGUUUCUGCUUCCUCUUCGCGGACAUGAUCCUGCAGAGCACAGACGCCAUCAGCGGCUUUCCCGUGUGCUUGUGAGCCCAGCGCGGCUGGGCCGAGGAUCUAGGCUAAUAAAGGGGCUUCCCCCCCUCCCCAGUCUUCCUGGAUUUCCCUCCUCCCAGAAGCCUUCCGGGAAAACCCCUGGUGGGAAGGGGCCAGAGGGGAAGGAGUGACUUACAGUGUGGAAGGGGGGAGGGGGAAGGGAAAAGACUGAACCCCGCCCUCUCUCCGUGGCCCCGCCUUCUCUUUCCAAGGUCCCACCCCCGCCCUCCCUUUGGCCCCGCCCCCGCGCUCAUCCUUCUAGACUCGCUCCCUCCCGCACAUGCGCAAUGAACGCACUGUUGGGAGGAAAGACGGGAGGGGCUCCAACCCUUGGACCUCGAUUAGAACGAGGAGGUCUACCCUACCAGCUGUGUGCCCUUUGCCCGCCAUUGGCGUCCAAGCCUUACCCCCAGCUCACACCUACUCCCUUCAUUGGCCCGUGGUUGCGCGCCCCUCCCCAAGCUUCCAAGGCAUU